GGCAGCUGCUGUGAGGGUGAAGGCACAGUGGACUGCCUUUCUGGAGCGACUGGUUCCUCACUUCUCAGGUAUCCCCGAGAGCUCAGCACCAAGACUAAAACUGUACCAUUUAGAAGAAUGGAAGCUAAUACAUCUGUUGACAUGUUUUCAAAAGUCCUGGAGAAUCAAUUGCUUCAGACUACCAAACUAGUGGAAGAACAUUUGGAUUCUGAAAUUCAGAAACUGGAUCAGAUGGAUGAGGAUGAAUUGGAACGCCUCAAAGAAAAGAGACUUGAGGCACUAAGGAAAGCUCAACAGCAGAAACAAGAAUGGCUUUCAAAAGGACAUGGAGAAUACAGAGAAAUACCUAGUGAGAGAGACUUUUUUCAGGAAGUCAAGGAGAGUAAAAAAGUGGUUUGCCAUUUCUACAGGGACUCCACGUUCAGGUGUAAAAUAUUAGACCGACAUUUGGUAAUAUUAUCCAAGAAACAUCUGGAGACCAAAUUUCUGAAGCUGAAUGUGGAAAAAGCACCUUUCCUUUGUGAGAGACUGCGUAUCAAAGUCAUUCCCACACUAGCACUGGUAAAAGAUGGAAAAACACAAGAUUAUGUUGUUGGAUUUACUGACCUAGGAAAUACAGAUGACUUCACCACAGAAACUUUAGAAUGGAGGCUGGGUUGUUCUGAUAUUCUCAAUUACAGUGGAAAUUUAAUGGAGCCACCAUUUCAGAGCCAAAAGAAAUUUGGAACAAACUUCACAAAGCUGGAAAAGAAAACUAUCCGAGGGAAGAAAUAUGAUUCAGACUCUGAUGAUGAUUAGAAAUUAAUUAUAAUUCUUUGUAAAUUGUCUUUUUAUUUCUGCUUCAAAAUUAGAUGUGUUUUCUAAAUUCAGUUGGUUUUGAUACAUUGGUCAUCUAAUGGUCAUAUUCUAGAGUUUUGUACAGUUUCAUCACAUUGAAAGACAUCUUUAAUAUUUUCUGUGUGGCACUUGUGUUGAAGAAAACUGAGUUCUUAAAUUAUCCAGCAAGGGUCUGGAUUCUCUAUUUUUGAGAUUGAUUUUAUCACAAUAUGAUUCUUAGGUCUUUAUACCAUUCACAAUUGUGUUUUUAAUCUACUGGGUUGGAAAUAGGAAUUCAAAUUAUUCCAGGACUAAUUCUUACACAGCAUCAUUUCCUUUAUACAACAGGUUAAAUUACAUUUACUGGUGUAACAGACUCACUUGUAAAUGAAUUAUAAACACUCUUUACUUCUGGAAUAUAUUUAACUAUUAAAAAACUGCUUAUUUAUUCUGUAGGCUGUGUGUUGAUGUUGAAUGAACUCAGGGCAGCAGAAAGUUUUUUCACGUUUUGAACAUUUUGCCUUAGAGUUCUGAUUACUUGUAUUUUAAUACAUGCAUUAAAAUAAUCAGGAAGCAUGUUUGGAAUGGCAACAUGAGAUCUGCACACUCCUCAGUGAAAAUAACUGGUAAAUAUAUGUAUGUAUAUAUUUUUUCACUUAAAGUCUCUGGGAAUUGUCAUAAAAGCAUACAGCAAACAAAAACAUUUGUUACAGAAACAUAUAUUCAAGAAAACACUGAAGCUUGGUAAGAAUAGUGAAUCCCUCUGGUAUUUGAGCCAUGACCCCAUACCCUUCUGCCCCUAGCUCCCCACUUCAGCCUACAGUUUCUCCCUAGGAUGAGUAGACUCCUAGCAUUUCUCAUGCUACCCACCCCCACCCCCACCAUGUCACAGUACCAAAGAGGUCUGGACCUUCCUUCCUCUACCCAGUCCCCACUUACAGCACUGAACAUCUACACCAGGAAUGGCAGACCAAGAAUACUGUUUUCUAAUCACUUGCCCCAGCUUAUAAGUGGAUCCAUGCCAGGAGAGGCAAACACGACCAGGAGCUAUCACCCACAGCUCUAUUUAUAGACCACAGGUAUCACUCCUAUAAAAGCAGGCUACUGUCCCCAGCCUUGACUCUGAGGGAGUAGCAAGCUAUAAAAACAGCUUCCAUAGCAUCCUCUAAUGAGAGGUUAGUUCAAACCUAAGGGUGCUGCUGUAGACAAAGGAAAUUUGGAGUGGGAGUAGACAGACAAGAGAAGACUAUAACUCCAUGAUAGCUACAAGCAAAAGGGAAGACCAGUGAUAAGUCUAACAGAGAAUGAAAGGCAGCUAAGGGUAGUCCUAAGGCUAGAAAAAAACCUCAAAGAGUCUGCAAGGGCAUGAAUUUAAUUAGAUCAAACUCUGUAGCAAUUUAUGCCCCAGGGCAUUGUCCAAAAUAAGUCCACCAGUAGUUAGUGGAUGUUAAUUCACAGUGUGAUAACAGUAGAGGCAGACAAACUGGACCUCUUAGAAGGAGAUCAAGGAAAGAAACCGUAAAAACCCAAAAACUGUCCUUGGGUUUGGAGGGAGGAGUCAGGGUGAUCCCACAUACCCAGGCUGUACCCUUUGCAAAGGAGCAUCAGAGGCUGUACAGUGCAAGGUAAAUGGAUUUAAAUAGGCUAAGUCACUAAAUAAGCCCUGGGGAAGAGGGAAGGAUGAGUUUCCAGAGCUGCUAUAUUAUCUAAACUCUAGUUUUCAACAAAAAGUUACAAGAUCUGUAGAGAAACAGUAAAGUGUGUGCCAUAGACAAAGGGAUUUCAAAACAGUAAAAGGAAACUGCCCUUGAAUGGGCCCAGAAGUUGGAAGCAGACAAAAACUUCAAAGAAACCAUGCUGGAGAUAAAGGUAUGAUAAUAUUUCAUCAACUAGAGAAUGAAGAAAAGUAUUUUAAAAGAACCAAAUGGAGAUCUCUGGACUUGAAAAGUAUAACUGCAAUGAAAAAAAUCAUUAAAAGGACUCAGUAGAUUUUAGCUUACAGUAGAAUCAGCAAAUGUGGAGACUUAAUGCAGAUAAUACAAUCUGAAGAACAGGAGAAAAGGGAAUGAAGAAAAAUAGCUUCAGAGAAAUGUAUCAACAUAUGUGUAAUGGGAGUGCCAGAAGGAGAAAAGGAAAACAGAAAACUUGUUAGAAGAAAUUAUGCUUAAAAAUUCCAAAUCUGGUAUUAAAAAAACUGAGAAAAUCAGUAGUUUCUUACAUAAAGUGGAAUGGUCUGUACCCACAUACAUGUCAGACUAAAAAUACUGAAGGACAAUUCUUGAAAACAUGUAUAAGAAAAUCCCAUUAACAGAUCAGAAACAAUGGAGGUCUGAAGGCAGUGGGAUGACAUGCAGAGUACUGGAGAGGAAAAAAAUGUCAACCAAGAAUCUUUUAACAAAACUAUCAGAAAUCAAGGCAAAAUGAGGACAUUCUCAGAUUUUAAGAAUUCAUUACUAGGAAACCAAUCUUACAAGAAAUGUUGAAGUUUUUUAAGCCGAAAGGAAGUGAAACCACAUAGUAAUUCAAAUCCUCACAGGAAAAAAAAAAAGCCAGUAAAGGUGAUUAUGUAGGAAAUUAUAAAAAGACAUUGUAAUAACCAAUUCCCCCUCCCUGAGCUGAUUUAAAAAGCAAUUCUGGGGAAACCUGGGUGGCUCAGCUGGUUGAAUGUCAGACUCUUGGUUUUGGCCCAGGUCAUGACCUCACGGUUCAUGGGUUUCAGCCCCGCAUUGGGCUUCAUGCUGACAGUGCAGAGUCUGCUUGGGUUUUCUCUCUCCCCCCCCCCCCCACUCGUUUUCUCGCUCUCUCUCAAAAUAAAAAAAAACAAUUCUAUAAAACUGUAUAUAAUUGUGGCAUUACCUAUAACAAAUAAUUGUGACACCUUAAAGCAGAUGGGAGCAAAGCUAUAUUUCAAUAAUAAAUCCACAAAAAGAAAUGAGAAUAAGAAAUGGUAAAUAAAAAGGCUAAUGUAAAAAACUUUAAGUGUAUACUUGUUCUUUCAACUCUUAAAACAAUCACAAAAAUUACAGCAUGUAUUGAGAUAUUUUUAACAGAUGCAGUAUGUAUAACAAAAAAGAGCUUUAUAGGAGUAACAUUUAUAUACUUCACUGGAAUUAAAUUAUUAUAAAGCUAGAUUUUUUUUUUUUUUUGAAGUUUAUUUUGAGAGAGCAUGAGCAGGAGAAGGGCAGAGAGGGAGUCACAGAAUCUCCAGCAGGCUCCACGUCAUUAGUGCAGAGCCUGACAUGGGGCUUAAACCCAUGAACCGUGAAAUCAUGACCCAAGCUGAGAUCAAGAGUUGAUGCUUAACC